AUGUUCAAUUCCAAUAAUUCAUAUGUGGCCCCUCAAUCUUUUAUUCUUAAUGGUAUUCCUGGUCUGGAAAGAUUCCAUGUAUGGAUCUCUCUUCCACUAUUCACAAUGUACAUUAUGUCCCUUGUGGGUAACCUUGGUCUUGUGUACCUCAUUUAUCAUGAGGAGGCCUUACACCGCCCCAUGUAUUGCUUUCUGGCCAUGCUUUCCCUCAUUGACCUCCUCACCUGCACCACCACUGUACCCAAUGCACUCUGCAUCUUCUGGUUUGAUCUCAAGAAAAUUAACUUCAAAGCUUGCUUAGUCCAGAUGUUCUUUGUCCACGGGUUCACAGGUGUGGAAUCUGGAGUGCUCAUGCUCAUGGCUCUGGACCGCUAUGUGGCCAUUUGCUACCCAUUGCGUUAUGCCACCAUACUCACUAACCCUAUCAUUGCAAAAGCUGGGCUUGCCACCUUCCUGAGAGGUAUGCUGUUGAUGAUUCCAUUUCCAUUCUUGGUCAAGCGUUUGCCUUUCUGCCAGGACAAUAUCAUUUCCCACACAUACUGUGACCACAUGUCUGUGGUAAAGCUAUCCUGUGCCAGCAUCAAGGUCAAUGUCAUCUAUGGUCUGAUGGUUGCACUUCUGAUUGGAGUGUUUGACAUUUGUUGCAUAUCUGUGUCUUACACUAUGAUCCUCCAGGCAGUGGUCAGCCUCUCAUCAUCGGAUGCUCGGCAAAAAGCCUUCAGCACAUGCACUGCACAUAUAUCUGCCAUCAUCAUCACCUAUGUGCCAGCAUUCUUCACGUUCUUUACCCAUCGUUUUGGGGGCCACACCAUUCCUCCUUCUCUCCAUAUCAUUGUGGCUAAUCUUUAUCUCCUUCUUCCUCCGACACUGAACCCCAUUGUUUAUGGGGUAAAGACAAAACAGAUCCGAGACAGUGUCAUAAAGUUCUUCCAGGGACAAAAAAAUUGCAAGUUGAUUCAAGAAAACUGA